CGGCAGCGGCCUGGUCGGUGCUCUGCACGUGGGGCGGCCCGUCUGCAUGGCGCGAUUCACCCGGUCGCUUUUUGGGACGUGUGGCCGGCCGUGUUCGGCAUGGGGGGGGCAGUCUGAAAGUGUGGGGCAGUUCACUAGUGAAUUAGGGAAGAUCUGCCUUGGGUAGCAACAGCCUCGCGUUGGGCUUGUCACUCAGUGUCAGCAGCACCCGCCGUCCUGAGACUGACAGAUAUUAUGGAAGAGGGAAGCAGUGUUGCAGUAUUGGUGCCAAAUAUUGGAGAUCAGGAAGCUGUACUAAUUUCUGAAACAGUUAUUAGUCCAACACUGGAAACUAGUGAAGAUGAGAGAAAAUGUAAAACUGAUCCACUGAUCCACGUUAUUGAAAAACUAAGCAAAAUAGUUGAAAGUGAGAAGUCCCAGAGAUGCCUCUUGAUAGGAAGAAAACGUUCCCAUCCUGAUGCUUCUGCACAGUCAUUUGAAAUGCAAGAUCUCUGUGAGAUCCCAACUAAAACAAUUGAAUUGUCUGUUAUUGGCACUAAAAAGACUGAGGAGCUACAAGCAAAUGACUAUGUAACUGAUUGUCUUCCACAAAGUAAAAGAAAGGUUAUGUGCUACCAGUGUAGCUUAUGUAAGUUUCUAUCACCAUCUCUUUUUAUACUACAAGAACACAUAAAACAACAUGGUCAGCAGAAUGAAGUGAUAUUAAUAUGCUCAGAAUGCCUCUUUGCUUCUAAAAAUCGAGGGGAACUUGAAGUUCAUAUCCGAAAUCACCAUGAGAACAAUGGUGAAAACCACAUCCAGCCGAAAGUGCAAUCGUGUGUAAAUCUCUCAAGUUCAUCUUUGCAGGGGCCAAUGGAAAGCAGUGUCAAAGCAGGCACUGAUCAGACAAUAAACCUGGAAUGCAAAGACAUAACUCAGUCCACUCCUGUGCCUGAAAUGGGUAGGAGAAAGUGGUAUACUUAUGAGCAGUACGGCAUGUACCGGUGUUUAAUUUGUCGUUACACUUGUGGUCAGCAAAGAAUGUUGAAAACCCACGCAUGGAAACAUGCAGGUGAGGUUGAUUGCUCAUAUCCUAUAUUUGAAGAAGAAAAUGAGUCUGCUAACUUGUCAGAUGCAACUGCAACUCAAACACCUAACAGUGUGGAUACCGUUGUUCUCUCUCUAGAAAAUAAUGAACUGGAUAUCCACAGUGACCAUUCUCUUCAACUCCAGAUUUGCAGAUCUGAACAAUUGCCAUGUAAUUCUUCACCAGUAGUAGAAGACAUUAAAGAGGAGGAAGUAUUAAGUCAAGCAACAGCACUUUCACCUAGUGGAGAAGUGGUAGAAGAGACUAUAUCGGAUACAGAGCAGGAUAACUUGAUAAGUGAUAGUCUACUUUCAUCGGCACAGAAAAUCAUUAAUUGUAGCCCAAAUGAAAAAGGCCAUGUUAAUGUAAUUGUGGAGCGUUUGCCGAGUGCUGAAGAAGCUGUCUUACAGAAGCCUUUCUUGAUGAACACAGACAUUGAGACUGAGAAAAAAUUAAUCUCAGAGGAAUCUCGGGUUUUGCAGGAAAGAUCUGAAACUUAUCACUCCGAUGAAAUUGAAGAAGUAAUAAUAGGUUGGAGCAAUACUGAUAAGAAAGAUAAUGAUUUAAACACUAAUAAAAACAUAGCAACUGAUGAAAACGCUCCUCCUAUACGAAGAAGAACGAAUUCAGAAUCUCUGCGACUGCACUCAUUAGCUGCAGAAGCUCUUGUUACCAUGCCUAUUAGAGCUGCAGAAUUAACAAGGUCUAACUUCAGGGCUUUUGCUGAAGUAAACUCUUUAGACACAGAUACAGGACAGCGGCAGCCUGAUGGCAUGUUUGCAGCCCAUUCCAAGGUGGUAUCUUCAUUUAAAAACCCUUCAGAGGAAUUAACCCCCUUAAACCAAAGUGACUGUGCAAUAGUGGAGCUACAAAAAGACAAACCAGAGUUAUCUGAAGCGCCCAUUAAAAUGGGCAUCAGUAUGUCACUGCUCACUGUAAUUGAAAAACUGAGGGAGAGGACAGAUCAAAAUGCUUCUGAUGAUGACAUUUUGAAAGAAUUACAGGACAAUGCACAAUGCCAACCUGCAAAUGAUGCAAACACGCCAGGAAGCAACCUGGUGGAGUAUAUACCCAAUGUAGACCGGCCUUACCGCUGUCGUCUCUGUCAUUAUAGCAGUGGCAAUAAGGGCUACAUAAAACAACACUUGAGAGUUCAUCGUCAAAGGCAACCAUAUCAGUGUCCUAUCUGUGAACACAUAGCUGACAAUAGUAAGGAUUUAGAGAGCCACAUGAUAAACCACUGCAAAACCAGAAUGUAUCAAUGCAAGCAAUGUGAAGAAUCCUUUCAUUAUAAGAGUCAGCUACGAAAUCAUGAAAGAGAGCAGCACAGUCUUCCAGAUAUUCUCUCAGCAGCCACAUCCAACAAACUAAUUGUUUCCAGUGAGGUAGAUGAAACAGAAGGAAAUAAAUCUUCAGUCCAGAAACUCUACAGAUGCGAUGUAUGUGAUUACACAAGCACAACCUACGUUGGCGUACGAAAUCACAGACGGAUUCAUAAUUCUGAUAAGCCAUACAGAUGUCGAGUAUGUGACUUCGCCACAACAAAUAUGAAUAGUUUGAAGUGUCACAUGAGGCGCCACCCUCACGAGCAUCAGGCAGUGCAGUUAAUGGAACAGUAUAAGUGUUCUCUUUGUGGAUAUGUGUGUAGUCAUCCUCCUUCCCUGAAGUCCCAUAUGUGGAAACAUGCGAGUGACCAAAAUUACAAUUAUGAACAAGUGAACAAAGCUAUUAAUGAUGCCAUUUCACAAAGUGGCAGAUUUCAAGGGCAACUAUCAGGAAAACCUUUAUUGGAAGGCACUGAGGAAAAUGCAGUACCUAUUCUGGGGAGUUCAGACAACCUGAUGGCAUUUUCAGAGACCAUUCACCAGACUACUAAUGAAAUUGCAGGUUCUGAUGAAAAUCAAAAACCCAACCCAACAAUGAAUACCUCAUGCAACUUAGAAAAGAACUCCAGUGUGUCCCAUCUUGGUACAGAAUACUGUGUUCUACUCUUCUGCUGUUGUAUUUGUGGGUUUGAAUCUACCAACAAAGAAAAUCUGUUGGAUCAUAUGAAAGAACAUGAAGGUGAAAUAAUAAACAUAAUUUUAAAUAAAGACCACAACACAACUCGGAUCACAAACUAGAUGAAGCUCUCACCUAGAAAAGAGAAGGACUUUCUAAAGUGUUUUUUGCCCUAUCUUUGUUAACAUUGCCUGCGAUAAUUGCUAAAGAGAAGUAAAAUUUACUGAUUUCUCAAGUUGAAUGGUUGAUACAGUAAGAGAACAUAGUUUAUCUGGGAACUCAUGAUUUAACUAAAAAGAUUAAAUACCCUAUUUUAAGGAAACCAUGGAAAUGAUCCACUUAAUCACUUCUUCCCUGUGGUGCCAAGAGUGUGGAUUUCUCAAUGCCUGGUGCUAGUCCAUUGUGCAUCAAACUAGGAGCUAAACAAGGUAUUGGCUCAAUUCAAAAGGCUUUUUUGCUCUGCAAGCAUUAACAAGGUGUCAAACUUCUUUCAGGCAGAGUUUUUCUUUCUUUCCUGUAGUUGACAGUAGGCCAGAUAGAGUUUUAUAUAGUAGUGUUCUCCUGAAGUUUCUUGCUCAACUCUGACAGGUAAAUAAGUGUAUAGGGGAAGUUUCUCUUGAUCAGUUUUUUUUACGACUACUCUCCCCAACUCAACUCUCUUUUUUUUAAAUAAACACUGCUGGAUGUUUAUUUCACUCUCUGUGACUAAUAAAGGUGCUGAUUCAAAGUAGCAGAAACAGAGCAGCCUGAAAGCAGUAGGCAUCUUUGCUACUUAUUUGAUGGUCCAGUUCAUAAUUCAGUAUCUAAUGUCUUUUGUUAGAUGCAUUGAGAUAAUAUGUAAACAUGAUCCAUUGUUCUUUAAUAGCUUUCUUUAAAUAUUCAGUAAGACUUCUAAAAGUAAGUAGAUCAUGAUAUGUAAGUUGCUGCUUAACUAGUAGUUCGUUUUCAGCCUGUAAUGAGCACAACCACCUUCUUUGGAUGGGAACAGGUAAUCAGUGAAAAUGGAACUGAUAAACAGCCACAUUUUUAAAGUUGUAUAGAUACCUAAAGAUGUGUGCAAGCGUAUAGUAGGACUGUCCAAAGUGCCUACAUGCUUUUUAAAAUACCAUUAGGAGCUAUCUUUAGGUCCCUACGUAACAGUAAAAAUCUGGCCUUACGAUUUUGCUUGUAGAAAUAAUUCACUCAGAGUUGAGGUAAUCUUUUCAAAAUGUAUUAAAUACAAAAAUUAUAUGGAAAAUAUCUUUAAGUAGAAUUGAUCUAAUUUGGGGAAAUUGCUUCUCCCACUAUACUAAAAUAAAAAUAUGGUGGUUCUUAAAUUUUACUGAUGCACGUGAUAUGGAUUUACAAAGGGAAGCUGUUUACUAUAUUUUUUUAAAUCCUUAGAAAUCCCUCUCUUUUUAAAAACCCUUUUACUUCUAAAAUUAUAAUUGUCAUCUUUUCAUGUAGUGUCAGUAACCUGCAUCAGUUUGUCUUUCAAUUUGGAGCUACAGGAUGUAGGAAAAUUGCUUGGCAGCUCCGUCAAGAUUAUUUAUGAAGCUGGCCACUAAAAUGGUUUUAAAUAUAGAUCUAUUCCCAAAAGGAAUUGCAACGUAUUCUUAAAAACCUUUUAGCAAGCUCUUGAAAUAGUUUGGUUUGGAACACUGCAUUCUCAUUUUAAGGGUAGCUUCAAAACAGCAUUUGCAUUGAAGCACAUCCCAUUUCUUCAAUGUGAAUGCAGUUACCCAUGUUUUAAUUGCUCAUUGUUUAAAAAAGGUUUAUACAUUAUUUUUUAAAAAGUUAAUCAGAAAAUAGUUUCUUUUUAUAUUUAUUACCUAUUUCUACAUCAUUUCUGAAAAAAAGUGUUGCACAUGCAGUAUAUAGCCUUUGUGGUGCUAUUUUUCUAACUUCCAUUAUGGACUGUGAAGUUGGUCAAACAAAAAUAUUAGUAGGGUUUUUUAAUAUUUUCUUAAUACUUUUAAGGAGCAGCCUUGGUGAAAAGGCAGGAUAAAAUAAUACUUCAAAAAUAAGGUUUCAAGUAUACUGGUGAUCUUUAAAAAUGGGUUUAAGUUUCUUGAACUUUGUCUAUCUUUUUUAAAUAUCCCUAGAAUUUGGUUAUAUAUUAGAUUACAAAAGAACAAAAGUUUCUUUAAAAACUGGUAAAGUUGUAAUGUCAUAAAGCCCAUUACAUUGUAGGUUUGAUCUAUCCAACAACUAAACACAAUAUAUUUGUAUCUUUUAAAAUAAAAAUGUAAAACAAUUUAUAUUCUUUACAUUUUUCAAUCAAAAGGAUAUGUUGAUAUUCAUACAAGUCUAAUUUUGACAUUUUAAAGACGUGAUUUAUUAUUAUAAUGAACAAUUUCAAUCCGAGGUAGAAAACAUUUAAUUUGGGUACUGGCAUUACCCUAAGCCACUAGGGUUGUGCAAUAUUUGAGUAUACUUAAGCCUCGUAAUUUCUGGUUUUGUGUGUUCAACAUCUAAGCUCCUUUUAGGGAUCCAGUUUAUUAGUCAUUUGAAAAGCUGGUAAAUUUAAAACUACCAAAGAAUCCAUAGUAAUACGAAUUUUAAAUUACCAUUUUAGACUCAUGGAAGCUACAGUCAAAUUAAUUUUUCUGUAAGGGAUCAUGUAUUUUAAGUUGUUACAGUAAUGGAAAUAAGUGAAGAACUUUUGAGACAUCAACUGAAAGAUGGCAGUGAGCCCAGAAUAACAAAGCCAGUAAACUUUUUUUUUAAUCUAAAUUAGUAUUUUCUGUGUAUGUGUGUGCACACCAUGUUAAAAUACAAUGCAUCAAACCCAUCAUUGUUAACGGGACUACUGCCCAUGGUACAUCUAUUUUCAGCACGUUCUUCAACACUUUGUUAUCAGUACCUUUAGUUAACCUUAUGUUCUAUAGCAGUAGAAUGUGGAGCCACCUAAAAACUGACAAAGGGAAAUACUACAGAUGCCAAGAAAUAAUUAUUUCUAGUCUACAGAAAAUAAACAAUCUUCAUAGGGAGAAAUUUCUUAUUCAUUGCCCUAUGCUGCUGUCAAGUCACAUUCAAAAUUCCCAUUGACUUUAAUGGAAGUUCUGUAUGUGAAGUGAUUUUAGGAUCAGUUCCUGAAAGCCAGAUUUUUAAUCAAGAUAUCUUCUUUGGGAAUUGUGUGGUUUGUUUGGUUGCAUGUUUUAUAGUUUGUCAGGGAAGGGGGAAAAGUUAAAGCACUUUUUAUGGUUAUGGCAUUUCAGUCUCCCCAUUCUUUUAGGAUUUAAAAAUAUUUUAGGAUCUGCUGUCACAAGACUCCAGCAGACAUUCAAAUCUGCAGUGCUACAUGCUUGAUUUUCAUUCAGCUCUGCUCUAAGCAGGUUUUAUUCAAUGAUAUGGACUAUAACUUUCAGCUAUGGUUCUAGAUGCCUACAAUUCUACUAGAAAGAAAACUUUUCUUCAUAUAUGUCAGUAAUGGUGAAAUAGCUGGGGAUAUAUAAUGUUUCCGCUUUAACCUGGCUCAGAAGAAGAGUGGAAUUCAGAUGGAGUUAUUGUAUUCUCCUUUUUCAGAAGCACUUAUUUAAUCAUUAAAAUAAAUUAUACAGUGGGUGCUCAAAGUAAUAUUGAAUAAGAUAUAUUUAAUAGAAAUUUACAUUUGUGUUAUUCAUGGACGGGAUACAUGUAUUUUUUUAAGAAAAGGUAUUAUAACACUAUGGCACUGCUUUUAUAGCCAAAGUAUAAAAACUUUUAGAAAACUGACAUGUAAAAACUGCAGUUAAUUCUGACACUGUAUCUUAUUAAAAUAGGAAGACUUGCAUUUUAUAAAAUUAUCCAGCACAUUAAGCUGCAUGCCUUAAGCUCUCUAGGAUUGUGUUCCUGAUAGAACAGAUUAUCUGUUUGGAACUAUGAAGCAAAGUCUGUAGUACUACUUUAACUACCUUCUGAAAUACUGUACAAUUUUAGAAUAAUUUAUUUUGCUUUACAGGAGUUUGUCAUGUAUUGACUUUAAUAUUGUAUUUUGGUAAUAAACUUUUUUUGU